GAUGUAGAAAAGUUAGUUAUUCAACAAUUCUGAUUCAGACACCAUAGCAUUAAAGCACGAUUUUAUUGUAGACGUACUGAGUCUUUACAUUUAUAACGACGAGGAGCUUCUGAAGACAGAAACUCACCCACUUAAGACAACAAGUAGUCAAGCAUUUAAACAGUUAAACCGUCAGUUAACACUUAAAAUAACAGCACAGUCUAUCUACAGUAACGUGUAACUGUCUGGGAAAUUAUCUCACAAAUAGAAUGACACAGUAUUGUCACUCCACAUUUGGAUUUGAUUGUUUUGCAAUUCUCACCUGUCGUUAGCCACACCCAUCAUGACGCACCUGACCAGGAAGAAUAGGCACAAACCUUGCGUUCAGUAAUAGUUCACAUACCGCAGACCUGAUGGGGAAAUAAUCUUGAUACUUUAACCAGGAUCAUGGUCAGAAAAUACAUCUUUUUCGUUGUUUUUCUGCUGUCUUACGUUUCUUGGAUUGACAACAAAGACAUUUUCAAUGGCCUUUCAUUAAAACUCUCCAAGUACUCCAUUGUGUAUCCUCAACUGAUUCACAGAUGGACAAGGAGCAUCAACCAACCACCACAGUCACAAGAAAAAAAUGGAGAGGAGGUAUUAUCAUAUGCAAUCAACAUAAACAACAGAAAGCACCUCCUUCAUCUAAAAAAGAACAGGGACUUUUUACACCCAAACUUUGUUCAGUAUUCUCGUGACGCCACUGGUAACCCCGAGUCAUCCUAUCCAAAACCGCAUGUGCAUUGCUAUUACCAUGGAGAGGUGGAGGGACAUGAGGAUUCAGUUGUAGCGCUCAGCACAUGCUCUGGCCUCAGGGGUGUGAUCCUCCUUGGAAAUGAAACCUAUGGAGUUGAGCCUGUGCCACAGUCUACCACCAAGGAGCACGUUCUGUACCUACUGAAGGACUUUCAGUCCGAGCCCGUCACUUGUGGGGUCGUCAGUGAAGCUGCAUCAACGCAAAGCCAUGAACCCUUUGAACCUGGCCAAUCGCUGACUUCACUGCUGCGGAGGAAGCGCAAUUUACCUCAAACCAGUUACGUGGAGUUGGUGCUGGUUGCCGAUAAUCUCAGGUAUGUCUAUAAGAAACAAAAUGAGACGGCGGUACGAGAGGAAAUGGUGGAAAUGGUUAAUCUACUGGAUGCGUAUUACAAGAAGCUGAAUAUCCGUGUGGUGCUUGUUGGCCUGGAGAUUUUUAAGGAUAGUAAUCCCUUUCAAGUGGAAGGCUCUGCUGGAGAAGUGUUGGGGAGAUUUGUCAAGUGGAGGAAGACUACGCUCUUACCAAAGAUCAGGCAUGACAUCGGUCAACUCAUCGUCGGUCGGCCCAAUCCAUACGAUGGAAGUAUAAUGGGUAUGGCCUUCGUGGGCACGGUCUGCUCCACAGCCACGUCUGGAGGAAUCAACGUGUUCAGCGCGGACAACCUGCCUUAUGCCUCCGCUGUGGUGGCUCAUGAGAUGGGCCAUAACCUGGGCAUGAAUCACGACAGAGAGGGUUGCUGCGACGAUGGAAAAAACUGCAUCAUGGCGAGCGCUGCUGGUGGUUCCCCCAUGUUCAGCCGCUGCAGUGGUGGAGACUUUGAGAGGCUGAUCGUUCGUGGAGGAGGCAUGUGUCUGAAAAACCAGCCCUCUCCAUCAGAUGUGGUCGGUAUUGCUGAAUGUGGCAAUGGCCGGCUGGACAAAGGAGAGGAGUGUGACUGUGGCAAAGCAGAGGAAUGCGACAAUCAAUGCUGUGAUCCUGCCACCUGCAAACUUAGACCGGGGUCCGCCUGUGCUCAGGGGGGCUGCUGCGACAACUGUCAGAUCAGAGUUCCUGGAACGCCAUGCAGAGAAUCUGUCAACACCUGCGAUCUUUCUGAAUACUGUGAUGGCAAGACCGCGUUAUGUCCCGAGGACUUCUAUAUCAUGGACGGCCUGUCCUGUGAAGACCGUGAAACUGCAGCGUACUGCUUUGAAGGCCGAUGCCAGACGUAUGAUUUCCAGUGCAAACAUCUUUUUGUGCCAGAUCCAGCAACAAAGGCAAAGGAUAUUUGUUUUAAGACUGCAAAUGUGAGGGGAGACAAAUUUGGAAACUGUGGAGUCACCAAGGGUGGCUUUAUCAAAUGUACUGUAGCAAAUUCCAUGUGUGGAAAGUUGCAGUGUGCCAACGUGGACCUCAACACCAUCCCGUCCGGUGCCCAAGUCAGUAUCGAAGAAAUUCAAGGGUCAAGGUGUAUUAAUGCAAACUUCAACCUUGGCACAGAUGUGCUGGAUCCGGCCUACGUUAACUCUGGCAGCCCUUGUGAGAAAGGAAAGACCUGCCUGGAAUUUCAGUGUGUGAACGCCACUAAUCUGAUGCCCAAUUUAGACUGUGAUGCUCGCACCACCUGCAACGGCCGAGGGGUAUGUAAUGACCGAGGGCACUGCCACUGUGGAAACGGUUGGGCCCCGCCUAACUGUGACAAAUCAGGGCGAGGUGGCAGCAUUGACAGUGGUCCUGCUCAGAUAGACCACUCCCUCAGGAACGGCCUGUUGAUCUUCUUCCUGUUGGUUGUUCCUCUUCUGAUUCUUCUGAUUCUGGUGCUGCUCUACUUCUUCAGGAGAGACGCUCUAAAACCGUGUCUAAAAAGAAGCCCCAAGUCACGUAAUGCUGGAAAUGGAAAUGGAAAUGGAAAUGGACAGUCAAACACCAACGUUCAGACAAAUGCAGCAACCCAGCCUCCAGCACAGGCUCCUUCUGAUGAGCAUGGACAUCCACCAGAUACCUUACCUCCAAUUUCAGGUUUCAGGUAUGGAGAACUGGAUUAUUGGAAUGAAGGAACAAGCGUUGGCCCUGCACAACCACCAAUUCCCAGCCAGGGCCCUGGAGUCCCCAAACCAUUCCCACCCAGGCAGAUACCGAUUUGAUUCUCUUUUUAAACUAACCAUUUUCAAUUAUAUUGUGAAGGUAUGGAGUUCCCUACAGGUCAACACUGUAUUACGAGACCUUUUUAAAACACUGUGAUGAAAAAUAUUAACUUUAACUUGUUGCCAGCACCUCUUUUAAAAUUGGCUGUAGUAAUGUGGUGGUGGAUGAGGUAAAAUAUCUAAAAAACAAAGUUUUUGUAUAUUAUAGUUACUAUGUAUUCAAAUAUUUUUAAAUAUUUUUUGAUUUCAUGAAUGUAAACCGAAUAAAGAAAUGUAUUAGGCAAUGUG